AUGAAAACACCGGAACACUGUAGUCCGGCGCUUCCUAAGAACAUGAAUGACUGUCUUGGAUCCCGCAACGAAAUUAAUCACAAGAUAUUAUUUGAGGAGAAGAAAAAACUAAAUAGUUUCCACUUCCUUCGUUCAAGCAGUGAGUCCCAUCUCAACACCCUAGUGUGCGAUUACCACAACGAUGAACUUAAUAGUGUAUGUCUUCUUGUUCUUGGCGGUUUUGGAGGGAUUCCACAUUCAAGCAGUGAGUCCAAUCUCAACACUCUAGUCUGCGAUUACUGCUACCAUGAAGUUAAUUGUGUGUGUCGUCUUGUUCUUGGCGGUUUUGGAGGGAUUCCAAUGUGCACCAAGACCAUGCUUUUGGUGGUACUGUCCUGA